CGACGAUGUGCCACCGUCUACGAUGGUGUCGGGUGGCGCCGCGAUGAAGGUCUGACCGAAGCCGCCGAUGAUCCAUUCGCGAGCACGGCGACGGGGAAAACGCCCUCUGCGACCGCGGCGCGUUCCCUGCCUGACCUGACCUUUCGCCGGAGAGAAAGAAAGAGAGCGAGAGAGAGAGAGAGAGAGAGAGAGAGGGAGAGAAAGAGAGACAGCUAGAGGGAGAAAGAACCGAGAACGAAAAAAAUACGGACUUUGCUCGCGCGAGCACGGGACGUAGCGCGCAGAACGACGACGUUAACAUAGUGCCUAUCGCGUGCGAGUUUCGCCCGUUGAACUCGCGGUGUUACCCCUUCGCCGAAGCGCCAUCGUCACAGCGACGACAUGGAGAAUGCGGUGAACCGGAGCAGUGCCGUCGAGAUGUCGCGGAAGAACUCUGAGACAUGAAGAGAUCGCGACUGAGGAUCACCUGGGUUUCUGUGAGUCGGGGCCGGCGGUAGCAGAGCUGCGAUUCAAAAUGAACUUGAUUAAUAUGGACGCGGAAAACCGCGUGGUUUUGAACGUGGGCGGGAUCCGACACGAGACGUACAAGGCGACCCUGAAGAAGAUCCCGGCGACGAGGCUGUCGCGGCUAACCGAGGCCCUCGCCAAUUACGACCCGAUCCUCAACGAGUACUUCUUCGACCGUCACCCGGGCGUCUUCGCUCAGGUGCUCAAUUACUAUCGCACGGGAAAGCUGCACUAUCCCACGGACGUGUGCGGCCCGCUCUUCGAGGAGGAGCUCGAUUUCUGGGGGCUCGACUCAAAUCAGGUCGAGCCUUGCUGUUGGAUGACCUACACGCAGCACCGGGAUACGCAGGAAACGCUGACAGUCCUCGACAGGUUGGAUCUCGACACCGAGAAGCCUACCGAAGAGGAGCUGGCCAGAAAAUUCGGUUUCGAGGAGGCGUACUACGAGGGAACCCUCACGUGGUGGCAGAAGCUCAAGCCUCAGAUGUGGUCGCUUUUCGAUGAACCCUACUCCUCCGUCGCAGCUAAGGUAAUUAGCAUAAUCUCCGUUCUCUUCAUCUGCGUUUCGAUACUCUCGUUUUGCCUGAAGACCCAUCCGGACAUGCGAGUGCCGAUGAUCGUGAAACGUUUGGUAAAGACUGACAACGUCUCGUCCUGGGUGGUGGACAAGACGCGCACCAACGCCCACGACGUCUUCUUUUACAUCGAAUGCCUGUGCAACGCCUGGUUCACCCUCGAGUUCUUGAUACGCAUCACCGCGAGUCCGAAUCGCUGCGACUUCAUCAAAAGCUCGGUGAACCUGAUCGACAUGGUCGCGACACUGAGCUUUUACGUCGACCUGGCGCUGCAGCGAUUCGAGGCUCACAUGGAGAACGCCGACAUACUCGAGUUCUUGAGCAUCAUACGCAUCAUGAGGCUGUUCAAAUUGACGCGCCACUCCUCGGGUCUGAAGAUUCUGAUACAGACGUUUCGCGCCUCGGCCAAGGAGCUCACGCUGCUCGUGUUCUUCCUCGUUCUCGGCAUCGUGAUCUUCGCCAGUCUCGUGUAUUACGCGGAGCGCACGCAAUACAAUCCGAAGAACGACUUUAAGAGCAUACCGCUGGGUCUAUGGUGGGCCCUGGUGACGAUGACCACCGUCGGUUACGGGGACAUGGUGCCGAAAACGUAUAUCGGGAUGUUCGUUGGCGCGCUCUGCGCAUUAGCCGGUGUUCUCACGAUCGCCCUGCCGGUGCCCGUGAUCGUUAGCAACUUUGCGAUGUAUUACAGUCACACGCAGGCGCGAGCCAAACUACCGAAGAAGAGACGUCGCGUAUUACCGGUCGAGCAGCCACGUGUGAGGGCACCAGGCGCGCCUCCAGGUGUUCCCGGCGGGCCUGGGACCGUCGGGCCCCCGGGUUGCGGCCAGCAAAUGUCCCAUCUGCAGUCUGGUGGGGGCGCGGUCACCACCGGGCCCCACGGCCUCGGCCAGACGCCCGUCGUCGGAUGCACCGCCGGCGGCCAGCCGCAGAAUCGGAGAAUGAACGCCAUCAAGACAAAUCAUCCCAAGGAUCCGUUCGCCACGAAAACAGAGGAGGACCGGAGGUAUUGUAACCUACGAACCAACGGGACCAAGAGAGCCGGAGAUUUGGAUUAAUCAAUUGCGGUCGUAGCGUCCUCAGAUGUGGGUAUCUCUCACUGGUCGAGAUUAUUUCGGAGCGAACAGCGCGGCGUGUACAUCCUAAUAAUCCAAUUGACCUGGUAUAGUCCACGUUUUAUCAGGGUGAGAGAGAGAGAGAGAGAGAGAGAGAAAGGAUAUUCUAAAAACGGAGAGUAAAAGAGGAAAUGGAUAUAAGACGCGUAUAUAUACAAUACCUCGCUGCAUCGUGGCCUCGCACCUUGCGGCUUCUGUUGCGCAUUUCAACGGCUACGCGAAAUAAACACUGCCGGCGAGUAGCGUGGCGACUGAAAGAUCCGACAUUAAAGAUCCGGAAAAAGUCCUGCGGCGGGGCUGUCGCCAGACACACACACACGACCGCGAAAGGAUAUAUCUACUUAAUUAUUUGGGACGCGCGGCGCGGGAAAUUUUAACAAUACGGAAACACGAAAAAAAAGUAUAGAAACCCCGAGACUCGUCCGACAAGAGAAAGAGAGAGAGAGAGAGAAAGAGAUAAAGAGAAGAAGUUUUACCGCACGGCGGUCUUAUCCACCCCGGUUUUUCUCUCCCCGGUUUAAUUCUAGGAUUCCGAGUAACGCUAUGCACACACACUGUCGGCGCGAAGAAAGCGAAUUAACCGCGAGAAUCUCUCUCGGCGGUUUGUACCACGAGGGCCAUCUAUUGAUUUAAAUAGGCGAACCGUGUAGACAAAGAAAAAAAAAUUGAGAACUCGCGUAGAGCAAGUAGAGAAAAAAAAACUUUCCUCCUUCCUUCGCUUCAUAAUUUGUAUUUUUUAAUAUUCGUAAAAAAAGAGAGAGAGAAAAAGAGAGAAUAAUACAUUUCAUCGAUAGCGAAGUAAAAACGAAUCGAUGUAUCGACUUUUACUACAUUACAUCGUUGAUGCAUCGAGGCAUCUUCUCGUUCGAGAAAUUUUUAUCCGAAUCCUUUUUUUUUUUUUGU